AUGCGCGCUGCCCUCCCCUCCCUCCUGCCCCACACGCCCGUCCUGAUCGCCCCUCGUUCUGCCGCCGUUCCCCCUGCCGCGAAACCCCCAGGCGGCUGUUACUACUUCGAGCCCCUCACCCUGGAGGACGUGGAGAAGGUGGACCCCCACCAAGCAGUGGCCAUGCACACGGGCAUGUUCUCAAACCCGGCAGAGUUCACGGUGGUGCUCACAGGGAACCUCUCGUGCGCACAGGCCCUGCCCCUCAUUGAGAUGUACCUGGCCAGCAUUCCAGCCAGGCAGCCCCCCGACGUGGCCGGCUCCGCAGCGGCGCUCAAAGGCAUGCUGGGGGCGCCGCGGCCGCCGCCGCAGCCACAGCCGCAGCCGCCCGCGGACGGGGACGGCGGCGCCGCGGACGCGGGGUCGGAGGCGGGGCCCCUGCCGGAGGGCGCGCGAGGAGCGGCGGCAGCGGAGGCGGGCAGCAGCGGGCGUCGCAGCGAGGGAGAAGAGGAGGAGGAUGAGGCGGACGCCGCCGCGGCGGGGGGCGCGGCGGCGGCGGCGGCGGAGGGGGCGGUGGCGGUGGCGGCGCACUGCGGCAAGGACGCACGGACAGUGACGCCGCUGCCUUUUGAAUUCCCGGAGCGGCCCGUGAGGGAGGACGUGGCUGUGGAUAUGGUGUCGCCGCUGUCCCAGGCGCACAUCACCUUCCCCUGCCUGCUGCAGCGCGCCACGGCAAUGCAGGUGCGCAGCCGCUGA